AUGGAACUCUCCGAUAUUUUCCGAAUUAUCAACCUCGCCGUUGCCGGCUGCAUGCUCUCCGGCGGCAUCUCCUUCUUUUUCCCCUUCUCUUGGCAUGGAACCAUCACGGCCGUCUACAUCAUCCUCUUCGCCGCUAUCGUUGGUCUCCUUGAAUUCCAAAUUCCUCCUCAGGCCACUCGCUAUGGCUCUUUCCUCUUUUCCUUCAUCGGCCGUGGUUGCUUCUACAUCUUUAUCGGUAGCUUGAUCCUCGGCGACAGCGUCUGGUCCAAAAUCACCGGCUCCAUCGUCGGCCUCACCGGCCUCGGCUACGUUGGUCUCGAGUUCGUCCCCUCGAUCGAACCCCCCGCCAACAUGAGGGAGGCCGAUGCUGGCUGGGGUGCCGAGGGUGUCUAA